UGUCACCCUCACUCGCAGCAAUUCCGAUGAUGGUCCACAAUCUGUACCUAUUUGACCGGAAUGGAGUGUGUCUACACUACAGCGAGUGGCACCGCAAGAAGCAAGCGGGGAUCCCUAAGGAAGAGGAGUACAAGCUGAUGUAUGGGAUGCUCUUCUCCAUUCGUUCGUUUGUCAGCAAGAUGUCCCCGCUAGACAUGAAGGAUGGCUUUCUGUCUUUCCAAACUAGCCAACACAAACUCCAUUACUACGAAACGCCCACUGGAAUCAAGGUUGUCAUGAAUACUGACUUGGGCGUGGGUCCUAUCCGAGAUGUGCUACACCACAUCUACAGUGCGCUGUAUGUGGAGUUGGUCGUGAAGAAUCCUCUGUGCCCACUGGGACAGACUGUGCAAAGUGAGCUCUUCCGCUCCCGGCUAGAUUCCUAUGUCCGAUCUUUGCCCUUCUUCUCUGCCCGAGCGGGCUGAAACAUCUACCUCACCCCUCAGAAGAAUCUGUGACUGUCUGGACCCUGGACCGUUGUGACUUGUGGCACUGUGACCCCUUCCACCUCCCUGUCCUCCCCAAGAGCUUCACCCUGAAGGUCCACCACCCACUACUGCCUUCAGGUCAUAAGAAUGAUGCCCAAAGGAGUCCGUGACAGUUUUAUCCCCUGCUUGACUCUGAGAAACACAGAAUAAACUUUUUGUCACCCUC